AUGUCGACAAGAUCUUUGGGAGACGGAAGGCCUGAAGACGAAGGGUCCCCAGUGCCUGCUUCGAGCGAAGCAAUGAAUCCCGACGAACAAUCCGCUGAAACUGAAGAUCUUUGGCAUACUCUCAUACACUGGAACGAUCUACCGCACUGGCUUCAAGACAACCAUUUCAUUCAUGGCAGCUAUCGCCGUGCUUCUUACAGCUACAGAAGAUCUCUGCAGAGCAUUCUGCACUGGCACAACGAGAGCGUGAACAUCUGGUCGCAUUUGAUCCCUGCCACUCUCAGCUUGCCCUUUGCAGCAUUUCUCUAUAGCGUGCUUAAACCUCGUUAUGAGAGAGCAUCGGUCGCCGACGUCAUAGCAAUGAGCUGCUUUUUUGGUGGUGCGGCCGUCUGUUUAGGACUGAGCGCCUUCUACCACACUCUCUCCAACCACUCCCCACGCGUUGCUAGAAUGUGGAAUCAGAUGGACUAUGCCGGGAUAUCCGUGCUGAUUGCCGGCUCAUUCAUUCCCAGCGUAUAUUAUGGAUUUUGGUGCCAUCCAUGGAAGCAAUGGACAUAUUGGAUCAUGGUGAGCAGAGUCACACGGCGUUAUCACGUUGCUGAAACUUGGGCCAGAUCUGCACCUUGGGCAUAG